GGUCGGAGAUGGAAAGCGAAGGGGGAGGGAUUGGAUCGGCGACUGAAAGGGGGACUGGCUCUGGCUGCCAACGUCAGCCCCGAGUGAGACUCACGCGUGAAUCCCAGCGAAACGGAAAAGCUAUAUUCGAGUAGGAUCAUCGACGCGACGCGACUCGACUCGGCAACACAACAAAUCCUAGCCAAUUCAAAGCCAAUUAGUAGAAUAGUUGCGCUGCAAUGGCCCGUGCGACUCGCUCAGCCGCUGCUCACGAAAAGGACAAACAGCCUGAUCCUGCUGCCUCGGCCCCACCCCGUCCAAAGCAAUCCACAAAGAAGCGCAAACGCGUAUCGCUUGCAGACAGCGGCGAUCACCCACCUCUCAAGCAGCACCACCCCGAGAACGGCAUAAAAGAAGAGGCAAUCCCAGACGACGACGAACAACCCCCAAUCCGAGCUUUGCCUGAGCUCGACCUCGCCGCAGACGUCCCAAUCCGCGCCUCCGACGCCCAGCAAAUACUCGACAUCCUCGAGCUUGUCGACACCCAAGGCUUGCUGGAUCGUGUGUUCCCCUUACCGUCCUCUAGCCUCUCCGAGCCAUCUACAUCCAAGUCUCAGUCGGGGACUUACUCUCUGCGCGCACUGCUCAGAGAAUCAUCCCAGCACCCACUUCGUUUACUCCGCGCUGCCGUUAAAAACCUCUUCCCCAUAUCAUAUAACCCCCGCUCGCGGACGUCUUCCCCUGCAACACAGCAACUUCGCUUCUGCAACCUAGCACAGUCUCUCCUUGACCAGGCAUCCUUCCACUCCGUCCCACUACCCCUCGAUAUCGAAACUAUCCUCUCCGAUGUCCCCGAAUCACCUGCAAACGGCGAAUUCGAACCCUCCCAUUGGAAGAAACCGCCUCAUCACCACCAGAAAUGCAGAUACGCGCUGAUGCAGCGCUUCCCAUCUGGAUCAACAUGGUGGACGUCACUUAGCUCCGACCUCGUUCCCUCUGACGAGAAAGCCAUUACCGAUCUUCAGACUGCAAACGCAGAAUUAGUUGCAAUUCUACCCGCGCCAUCCAACGUCGACCCUUUGACUACGCCACCACAAGGAUAUACCGCAGAGGCAAAGCCGUCGCCCACAACGUUAGGUACUUACGGUGCCAAGAAGCCACCAGGACAAAAACAAAAACUUCCUGGGCCACGUCGUGUGAGCUGUGGUUCUUUCUUGGACUACGGCCCUUAUGCUAGCUUUGGCCCAUCCUUCGAACAAGACGGUGUAGAAGUCGGCAGAUGGACUUUGGGCGAAGUCUAUCGUAGCUGGGAGGAGCGCAAGAGGAGAUGGUCGGAGGAGUGCUCGAGCUCGUCAACCGAUAGUAACGAGGACAAUGUAUCUUCGCCGGUAUCGGAUAGUCCGGACGCCGGCACUACGCACACUGUCGACCCCUCCCUAAGUAACGGAGUCCUAGAGGACGAGGACUCAUUCGAGGGUUUAUUCUCCAAGGACCAAAUACGACUCUUGAAAGACGCUCUCGGCAGCCUCGAGGUCGAGGGUGCUGUUCAGGAAUUGUUGGAGCGCAACGCGCGGGCCCUGAAACGGCUCGAAGAGCUCCAGAUCCAACGCUUGACAAAGCCUGGCGGGUUCACUCCAGUCGAGGAAGGUUCAGAGGAGUGGGAAACUGCACAAGGCAUCUUCGAUUCGCUCGCCGUUCUCGCAUCGCUACGGCCGAGGUCAUCGGGCAACGAUACUCCGCCGCUGGUCCCAUCUGCCUCCGUGCUCCGCAAGCUUCACCGAACGUUACCCACAGCCCCGACCCCCGGUUGGAAUGGCACUCUUCCGUCUACCCAAUCUACCGCCCUACGCGACGACUCGACCCUUUAUAUUAAGUCGACCGCAACUUCCGUCCCAUCUAACCCCCCUGCCGCGGCCACUCCUGCGCCGACUACGACGGGUCCCGCAACGACGGCCACCCCGUCGACCCAGCCCUACGCGGCUUACUCGUACAACUACGCCGCACCCUUCCGCCCUGGGUAUCAAUAUAAAGCUCCGCAACCCUACUACCCCAAUGCGUACGCUCCCCAGACAUCGUCAGGGCCGACACAGGCAGGUUCCCAGUAUUACCCAGGUCAGCAUUAUAAUCCGACGGGACAACAACAGUAUGCCUACUCGUGGUACCAGUACACUCCUCAGGCCCAGGCCGCUGCUGCUGCUGGCACAACGACUUCCACUGCUCAAGGUGGCGCGUCCCAACCCACACCAACCCUGCCCACCACAUACGCUAGUUUCUUCAGUGCUAACGCACAGACGCCCGGUCAACGUGCAGUCGCGAACACAGUGUUGGCUGCUGGGACUGCGGCGGGUGCUACUGCGAAGGCCGCAUAUGCGCCAGCAGCGUGGCCCGCAGGAACCCCCGCGCCUGGUACGGGUUAUGUCCCCGCAACGGCAUUGCCGCCUCAUAUGCGGUCUGUAAUGUCAGCCACUACACAGGCUCCUGCUGCUGUGGCUGGGCCAUAUCCCACAGGAUAUGGAUCUGCAGGUUAUUAUGGGGCGUACCAAGCAACACCGUCUCCGACGCAGUCGUGACAAUACCUCUUGUCGUAACUAUUCAGCGCGACUGUGGGGGACUGGGACAGAUUGAAUUGUGAGGAAUGUGAAUAGGCUGUAGAAUGGCACACGUAAAUACAUAC